CUCUGCUCCGCCCGCCCAGCUCCGCCCCGCACUCCGGCGCCGGCCCCCGGCAGAGCGUCCCCGCCGGUGCCCUGGCUGCCUCCCUGCGCGACCUGCCGAGGCCAUGCUGGGCAAGGACUACAUGCUGGCCAUCAUCCUGGUCAACUGCGACGACAACCUAUGGAAUGACCAGAACCUGGAAGCAGAUCUUGACCUUCCACCAGGAUGGAGGAAAAUCCACGAUUCCUCAGGGACCUACUACUGGCAUGUGCCCACAGGCACCACCCAGUGGCAACACCCAUCAUGCCCCACUGGCUUGGCAUCCAAUGGGGAUGCUCCAUCACUAGAAAAGGAACUCCAAGCUGCUACAGGAAACCGUGUACCAAUGGAGAGACCCAUUCCAAGUCCAAUGGCAUCACUUCCAAGAAGGACACCACUGACAUGGCCUGGGGAGGAUCAGCAUCAAGUCAGCACAGAGCCUGGAUCAAAGUGCUUCAUUGUACGCUCCUUAGGCUGGGUGGAGAUCCCCGAAGAGGACCUGGCUCCUGGCAAAAGCAGCAUUGCAGUAAAUAACUGUAUCCAGCAACUCUCUCAGAACAAGUGUGAGAGCUGGAACGCUGCAGACAGAUGGGGUGAGGGCCAAGACAUGGUGAUGAUCUUGAAGAAAGACACAAUGAGUUUGGUAGACCCUCUGGACCACAGCCUCCUCCAUAGCCAGCCCAUCAUCAACAUCCGCGUCUGGGGGGUCGGCUGCAACAAUGGCAGGGACAGGGAUUUUGCUUUCGUGGCCAGUGACAAGGAUACGUGUAUGCUGAAGUGCCACGUCUUCCACUGCAACGUGCCUGCCAAAGCCAUUGCCAAGGCCCUGCAUGAAAUGUGCUCCAAGAUUAUGGCUGAGCGGGCAGUAACAAGUAACAGCCUCACUCGGUCUGUCACACUGGAACCCGUAACACCAGAUGACUUACCUCUGCAAGUUGACAUCCUGGAUGCCGUGAGUGAGUCUGUCCAAAAAUUCAAAGCUCUGUACAUCGGCAGCUUACCAGUGUCCAAAGCUAUGGGGAUGGAUGUGCUCAAUAAUGCCAUUGAAGACCUGAUGGGCAGCCGUGGCUACGAGCAUUGGAUUCCGUCUGUCGUCAGUGUUUCAGAUUCAGUCAUGCAAGCAGAGCAGGCUGCAGCGGAAGAUGACGGUGAUGGUGAAGGCGAUGCCUGCCUUUGGGAAUGCCAGGUUCGCUAUGUGACUUUUAUUGGGAUUGGAAAAGAUGCCCAUACGUUUGCGCUCAUCACUGACAUGGGGCGGCAGCGUUUCCAGUGCACGGCCUUUUGGUGCGAGCCAGACGCAGGCAUGAUCUCGGAAGCAGUUCAAGCUGCAUGCAUGGUCCAGUAUCAGAAAUGCUUAGUAGCCUCCACAUCACAGAUGAGACCCAAAAGCGCGUCCCGUUCCAUCCUGAAGAUGAAAAGAACAAUGUCAGUAGAUUCACCAGGGUGCCCAUUUCCUGCCAUGGGGCACUCCCUGCAGAAAAACGGCAAUGCAGCAGCUACUCGCAAGAGGGGGGUAUUCUCUUUUUUUGAAGCAUUCCGCCAGAAACAUUUCAUGCUGAACGCCCCUUAAGAUGAAAGCCGUGUUGUGGAGGAUACAGCAGGCCCCGGAUGGCAAAUAACAGCAGCUUCCUUGCUGAUGCCCAGGCUCCGAAUGUAAAUAGCAUAAUCCCGUCUAUUGGUUCUUUCACUGAAGCUAAAAGACCCAGCUGAUACAAGCAGCAAGACUCCCCCGAGAAAAGGUCCUGGUUAAUUCAGACUUGCUAUGCCUAGUUUUAUAGUCCUUUGCUAUGUAGGGGCUGUCUGGAGGUGGCAAGGUUGCUUUGGGGUGUAGUAACAAUGCAGCAUGUGAAUGCGUGAGAAUGUUCCUUCUUGGCCUGUGAAGCAGACAGUGUGCACCACGCAGGCUUUAGAACUUGCUUCUUGCUAAGGGGUUCUACUGGGCAGCACACAGCAGGAAUGUUAGCUUCUUGAUUUAUGCAGUAAAAGCUGCGGGCCUUCCCUCUCCUCCGUCUCCAGCCGUAGCAUGAAUGCUUGGUACAUGAAACUUGAAUGCAGGCCCCAGUAGAAAGAAGAAGCCUUUGUAACUCCAAGCAGUCCAUGGAGCAGACAUUAGCAGGAGUUUGAGGCAGCAAAUAUAUGCUUAUAGGCCUCUGGACUUGUCAGACACGGAGGCAGGCAGUAUUUCCUCUGACAAGUGACAGACAAUCUACUGUCUGUUAAAUCAUGCGCCGAAACAGACACCGGCCCAUGCAUUUCACAUCACUGGUCCCUUACAGCAUAGCUGAGAAUGGCAGGGGGCUGCAACCAUGCUGCUCUGGCAAAAUCUGUGCAAAUUCUUUUGCUCCAAAAUAUGGGUCACACUUCCCUCCUGUCCAAGACAGAGCAGUCAUGACAGAGCUUAGAACAAGGUAGGCUGUGGGCUAUUGGGCCAUUUUGCUAUGCAUGUAGGGCCGGUUCUCUGCCCAAACAACCGAGGCAAGCCCCCAAGGUGUUGCCGGGGCUGGCGGUGUGGGAGAAGGUGAUGGGCGUGGUUUACGGGCAUGGUCCAUACAGCUGCCAACCAGGUCAGAGGUGAGCCAGAGCUGUGGCCAGUACUAUUGGAGCUCAGCUUGUUACUAGCAUGCCUGGUUCAAUACAACUUUAAACCCUUCAGGCCUUCCCUUUGCUUUAUGGCACAUCAACAUUUUCACAGGUAGACAGUGCUGCUUUUUUUUUUUUGGUGCUCAGGCCAAAAAGGUUGCCAGUUCCUGUCCCAGAGUUGCCAAAUAGUGCACACAGACUAGCAGAAAGUCUGUAAGGAGGCAGCAUAUGUGUGCAGUGCUGGCACUUAUGGCUGUCCUUAUAACACCAGCACACUAGCCUGGCGGUUGAGUGGGAAACAAACCAUUCAAUGGAUGACUAUCACAUGGUCCGACUGCCAGUGAGCAACUCCAGCAAACAAGGGUGAUGUAUACUAGGGUGACGUAUACUAGAUGAUGAAAAUGCAGAGCUUCCGACAGAUAUUUAUUAAGACAUGUAAAAAUAUUGAGAGCCUGUUUUACCAAUUUCUGUUAAACACUAUUCCUUGGCACCAUUUUAUCAGUGUCUGAAAGUGAGUGGUGAAGGCUGGUGGAAAGAGAGUUUCCUUCUUGUCCAUUUCGGGCCUGAAUGUUACUCAUUUCCUUUUGUUUAUAAUGUAAUCCCCGGUUACAAUAGACUCAAGUCUACCUCAGUGAUACUUUUAUCUGAUCAUUUGUGCAAAUAAACUACUACCAUGGAAGAA